GCAACAUAUUGCUAAGCUUGAGGCUAAGAAUACUAUAAUUCCAGAACUUAAAAAAAGAGUUGCUAAGCUUGAGACUAAGAAUACCAAGAUUCUAGAACUCAAAAAGAAGAUUGUUGAAGUUGAGACAAGACUAGUAAUAUUAGAACAGAGGCUAUUACAAAAUGAUAAUACUCCUAAUAAUAGUGCUUCUAAUGAUAAUACAUCUAACUUCAAUUUGGUUACAGAUAAAGUUGUAAAGCUUAAGUCUAAUAAUAAGAAACUUAUAGAUCAAAGUAUAAGAAAACAGAUUUAUAAUGAAAUGAAGCCAUAUCUCUCAGGUGUUUCAGAUAAAUAUUUAUAUAUAAUAACCUAUAAAGCAAGAAAAAUUAAUAAGCUAUUUGGUUAUAAAUAUGAUUCUGUAAAUCUGAAAAAGAAUAAAAACAUAGAACAAAUCAAAUCGAAGACAAUCACUGAUCAGAGCCAUAUAGACAAAAUAUUCGAGACUAUAGCUACUACUUCAACUUAUAACUCAGAUGAUAUUUUUAGAAGAAGAAGGGACAAUGAAUUAAUUGAAGAUGACUCUAAAAAGUCUGAAAAGAAUGAGGCUAGAAUAGAGAAAGAAAAGCAGAACAAAAUAUCAUCAAAUAUAGUAACUCUAGCUAAAGCAGAUAAUUACGAUGAUGUUAAUUCUAAAGAAAAGAUACCAGAUGAAUCAAAUAAUGAUAGAUAUAGUGAAUGUGGUAGAUAUAAUGAAUAUA